CUUUUCACCUCCAUCGCUCCCCCUCACUGCCCUCGAGACAGGACCACGCCGUCUGCGAUCGAUUUCCCCCUCUGUCCCUCGAGCCCACCGCGGGGCCGUUGCGCAACAAUGCCUGGGGAACUCAUCCGCACCGUGGCGGCCAGCGUGUCGCGCCCUGGCAAACGCAAUGCCCGAGCCAUGGACCGCCCCAGCGACCUCUUCCUCAUCACCGACCAGGACGUCGUCUACGAGCAGGACAUCUUGCGCAAUCCCGGCAGCAUCAAGCCCUGGCUCGAGUACUACAACUUCAAGAAGUCGCGCGGCAGCAUCUUGGAGCAGGCUUUCGUCCUCGAGCGCGCCUGCACCACGCUGCCGCGCUCCUACAAGCUCUGGAAGCUCUAUCUCGAGCUGCGCACCAAGCAUCUGGCCAACAAGAAUCCGGCCAAGUUCGCCCCGCACUAUGUCAAGGUCAAUGCGCUGUUUGAGCGGGCGCUGGUCCUGCUCAAUAAGAUGCCGAGGAUUUGGGAGAUGUAUCUCUCGUUUCUGAUGCAGCAGCCGCUCGUUACUACUACUAGGAGGACAUUCGACAGGGCCCUGAGGGCUCUCCCUCUCACCCAGCAUAAUCGGAUAUGGGCGUUGUAUAGGCCGUUCGCCACGUCCGCGUCUGGCGAGACGGCUGUCAGGAUAUGGCGGCGGUACAUGCAGAUCCAUCCGGAAAACGCAGAGGAGUUCAUCGAGCUGUUGAAGGAUAUGCGGAAAUACACCGAGGCCGUCAAGAAGUACAUGGAGAUUCUCAAUAACCCGCGUUUCAAGAGCAAGGAAGCCAAGGGACCGUUUCAGUUCUGGACCGAGAUGAUUGAUCUGAUGAUUGAUCAUGCCAAGGAGAUUGAGACGGGCGAUGACAGUGGGAUUGACGUGGAGAAGAUUAUUCGCAGCGGCAUUGCAAAGUUUCCGGAUCAGCGCGGUAUUCUUUGGGUGGGCUUGGCGAGAUACUGGAUGCACAAGGGCGAGUACGAAAAAGCUCGCGAUGUGUUCGAAGAGGCUAUCACUACGGUCAUGACCGUUCGGGACUUCUCGGUGGUGUUUGACACGUAUGUGGAGGCGGAGGAGACGAUGAUUGGAAUCAAACUUCAAGAAGCUGCUGCGCGAUCAGAGAAGGGCAAGGUGGAUGAAGACGCUGAUGCUGAUCUCGACAUCCGGAUGAUGCGCUUCGAGUCACUGAUGCAGAGACGGCCAUUCCUUCUCAACGAUGUCAUGCUCCGGCAGAACCCCAACAACGUCUUGGAAUGGGAGAAGCGUGUCGCCCUCUGGGGCGACAACAAGAAGGAAGUCGUGCAGACCUACACCGAUGCUAUAGCCGCCAUCAACCCGAAGAAGGCCGUGGGCAAGUUCCACGAACUCUGGGCCAACUACGCCAAGUUUUACGAGAAGGGAGGUGAUAUCCGCAAUGCACGGGUUAUCAUGGAAAAGGCGGUAAAAGUCCCGUUCAAGUCCGUCGCCGAGCUGGCGGAGAUGUGGUGUGAGUGGGCCGAGAUGGAGCUGCGCAACGAGAAUUUCGACAAUGCGAUUGAGAUUAUGGCCAAGGCGACACAGGCGCCGAAGCGGUCCACCGUCGAUUACUUUGACGACUCGCUUACACCGCAACAACGGGUGCACAAGAGCUGGAAGCUGUGGAGUUUCUAUGUCGACCUGGUCGAGAGUGUCAGCACGCUGGAGGAGACAAGGAAGGUGUAUGAGAGGAUAUUCGAGCUCCGCAUAGCGACGCCGCAAACGGUUGUGAACUACGCCAAUCUGCUGGAGGAGAACCAGUACUAUGAGGAUUCGUUCAAGGUCUACGAGCGCGGACUGGAUCUAUUCAGCUAUCCCGUGGCAUUCGAGAUCUGGAAUCUCUACCUGACCAAGGCGGUUGACCGGAAGAUUGGCAUGGAACGGUUGCGAGAUCUGUUCGAGCAAGCCGUGGAAGGAUGCCCGCCCAAGUUCGCAAAGCAUCUGUACCUCAUGUACGGUGCGCUGGAGGAGGACCGCGGCCUUGCGAGGCACGCGAUGCGCAUCUAUGAGCGUGCCACGCGUGCGGUUGCAGACGAAGACCGCAUGGAGAUGUUCAACUUCUACGUCACCAAGUCUGCCUCCAACUUUGGUCUCACGUCAACAAGACCCAUCUACGAACGCGCCAUCGCCACAUUGCCCGACAAGGAAGCCAAGGAGAUGUGUCUCAAGUUCGCCGAAAUGGAGCGACGGUUGGGAGAAAUCGAUCGCGCACGCGCCAUCUACGGCCAUGCAAGCCAGUUCUGCGAUCCGCGGACCAGCCCCGAUUUCUGGAAGAAGUGGGAGCAGUUUGAAGUCCAGCAUGGCAACGAAGACACGUACAAGGAGAUGCUUCGCAUCAAGCGCAGCGUGCAGGCUCAGUACAACACCGACGUCAGCUUCAUCGCCUCCCAGGCCGUCGCCCGCGUCCAGCAAAACGGCGAAGCCGCGCCCAACGGCGAACACGCCGCCGAGGGCGAAGACGCCAUGGCCGCACUGGAACGCCAGGCUCGCGCUCCUGUCGGCUUCGUCGCCGCAAGUACGGGGCCCCAGGGCGGGAACAUCAAGCCCGUUCAGGAGGCGCCGGCGGCGAACCCGGACGCGAUUGAUCUUGAUGACGACCUCUGACGAUAUCAUGAGCGGGCUUCGGUACACCCAGGCUUCAUAUUCUCCUUUCAUUACAUCUUUUCCCUUUGUCUGAGUUGUUGCAUUUGCGGCGUUAAAGGGGGCUUGUGCAUACCUCUCUUCUCUUUUCCUGUGCCUGUUCGAUUCCCUUCGAUUCCCUUCGAUACCGGGAGUACGACCUCCGGUUUCUUGGAUUUUCUUCUAUGAGGGCGGGUUCGGCGGUUUCUUCUUUGGUCUGGGUUGGAGAUGUGCAUAUCCGGCGCUUUUUGGUUGGGAGUUGGCUUUUGCGUGUGCAGGCUUGUCUUGUCUUGCACUGCAGCGAAGUGUAUGUAUGGACCUUGUGUUUUCCUAUGUGCUCAAGGGGGUUGGCUCAAACAUUGUCGAACAUGGACCUGAGGGCUGUGGUCGCAGCGGACAGACAGACAGAUUUGAUUCCACAUAUGUGAAGAUAUAGAUAGAGAAUUUUGAGUAUAUACUCCUAC